UGCCAGGCAGAUGGCACCUGCGCACCUGUGGUACGUCGUGGGAAGGUAAGCUACGGCAAGGAGGAGGCGCCUUGUGUUGAAUCAUUGAGCAGGUGAGGCGAAGCUUUAUAUUCAGUUGAAUGUUACAUUCACACACACAAACGAGUCAUUCUUCUCCUGUCUCUACGCGGUGUCUAGGCUUCACUGAUCAGAAAGAAAAAUGGUGUCCCAGUUGGAAAAAUCAAUGGAGGGCCUUAUCAAAGUAUUCCAUAACUACUCUUCAAAAGAAGGGGACAAGUACAAGUUGAGCAAAGUCGAACUGAAGAGUCUGUUACAGGGAGAACUCAGUGACUUUCUGGCGGCCAGUAAAGACCCAAUGGUCGUGGAACAAAUGAUGUCUGACCUGGAUGUAAAUUGUGAUGGGGAAGUCGACUUUCAAGAAUUUGUUGUCCUGGUUGCAGCAUUAACUGUUGCUUGCAAUGAAUUCUUUGUGGAGAGUGUGAAGAACUAAGUCUUUUCUUGUUGGCAUGUUUCCUAACCUGUCCUUCACAUAUCAUGAAGGCAGGCAGGUAUAUCUUUGGGAAUAAUUUUAAUAUGAUCAACAUGUUUGUUACAGUCCUUUGAAAAAUGUUGCUAAUACCACAUUUAAUUAACAUUUGUUGAAAGAUCAAUGUGAAUAAUUUAAAUGUAUUUCAAACUUAAUGGGAAGUGGUAUUUGGAAUUGUACAUCUAUGACUAACAACUUUGUGGUAAGUUGUAGUAAAAUAUACAUUUCCUCUCAAGA